AUGACACCAGACGAACUAAAUUCAGCAGUCGUCACCUUUAUGGCCAAUCUGAAUAUUGAUGAUUCGAAGGCCAACGAAACCGCUUCCACAGUAACGGAUUCUAUUGUACACCGAUCAAUAAAAUUGCUGGAAGUUGUCGUUGCGUUGAAAGAUUAUUUUCUUUCAGAAAAUGAGGUAGAAAGGAAGAAAGCGUUGACAUGUUUAACCACUAUCUUAGCAAAAACUCCCAAGGACCACCUCUCCAAAAACGAAUGCUCAGUAAUAUUUCAGUUUUACCAGUCUAAGCUUGAUGAUCAAGCGCUUGCAAAAGAAGUCUUGGAGGGCUUCGCCGCAUUAGCUCCAAUGAAAUAUGUCUCCAUUAACGAGAUAGCCCAACUUUUGAGAUUAUUAUUGGACAACUAUCAACAAGGCCAGCAUUUGGCAUCAACUAGACUGUGGCCAUUUAAAAUUUUGAGAAAAAUAUUUGAUAGAUUUUUCGUCAAUGGAUCCUCGACCGAACAAGUCAAACGAAUCAACGAUUUGUUUAUUGAAACAUUUCUUCAUGUUGCCAAUGGUGAAAAAGACCCUAGAAAUUUACUCUUGUCAUUUGCACUUAAUAAAUCUAUCACAUCGUCCUUGCAAAACGUGGAGAAUUUUAAAGAAGACUUAUUUGAUGUCUUAUUUUGCUAUUUCCCAAUCACUUUCAAGCCACCAAAGCAUGAUCCUUACAAGAUCUCCAACCAAGAUUUAAAAACAGCUUUGCGAUCAGCAAUUACUGCGACGCCAUUAUUUGCCGAAGAUGCUUAUAGCAAUUUGCUGGACAAACUCACUGCUUCUUCACCGGUAGUGAAAAAUGAUACACUUCUGACGCUAUUAGAAUGCGUUAGAAAAUUCGGCGGCUCUUCUAUAUUGGAAAAUUGGACGUUACUUUGGAACGCUUUGAAAUUUGAAAUUAUGCAAAACAGCGAAGGAAAUGAAAACACUCUACUAAAUCCGUACAAUAAAGACCAACAGAGUGAUGAUGUGGGCCAAUAUACUAACUACGAUGCUUGCUUGAAAAUUAUUAAUCUAAUGGCAUUGCAACUAUACAAUUUUGACAAAGUAUCAUUUGAAAAGUUCUUCACUCAUGUAUUAGAUGAGUUGAAACCAAAUUUUAAAUAUGAAAAGGAUUUGAAGCAAACCUGCCAGAUUUUGUCCGCUAUAGGUAGUGGGAAUGUCGAGAUAUUUAACAAGGUCAUUUCGUCAACUUUCCCCUUAUUUUUGAUCAAUACAUCUGAAGUUGCCAAACUUAAGCUGCUGAUUAUGAAUUUUUCUUUUUUUGUUGACUCGUACAUUGAUUUGUUUGGAAGAACAUCUAAAGAAUCGUUGGGAACACCGGUGCCAAAUAAUAAAAUGGCUGAAUACAAAGACGAGAUCAUAAUGAUUUUGAGCAUGGCCUUGACAAGAAGCUCCAAGGCAGAGGUUACCAUAAGGACUCUAUCUGUGAUUCAAUUCACAAAAAUGAUUAAAAUGAAGGGCUUUUUAACCCCAGAGGAAGUUUCACUAAUUAUUCAAUACUUCACGGAAGAAAUAUUAACGGAUAACAACAAAAACAUUUACUAUGCUUGUUUGGAAGGGUUAAAGACAAUCAGUGAGAUAUAUGAGGAUUUAGUUUUUGAAAUAUCAUUGAAGAAAUUAUUGGAUUUGUUACCUGAUUGCUUCGAGGAAAAAAUUCGAGUAAAUGAUGAGGAAAAUAUUCACAUUGAAACAAUUUUGAAGAUUAUUCUUGAUUUCACCACUUCGAGACAUAUUUUGGUCAAAGAAAGCAUUACAUUUUUAGCGACAAAAUUGAAUAGGGUAGCUAAAAUUUCGAAAUCCAGAGAAUAUUGCUUUCUACUUAUUUCAACCAUAUAUUCUCUUUUUAAUAAUAAUAAUCAAAAUGAGAACGUGCUAAAUGAAGAAGAUGCUCUUGCACUCAAGAAUGCCAUUGAGCCAAAAUUAUUUGAGAUAAUUACUCAGGAAUCGGCCAUUGUAAGUGACAAUUACAAUUUGACACUUCUAUCUAACGUUCUUUUCUUCACCAAUUUGAAAAUUCCACAGGCUGCACACCAAGAAGAACUAGACAGAUAUAACGAGCUUUUCAUUUCUGAAGGUAAGAUAAGAAUCUUAGACACACCGAAUGUAUUGGCUAUUUCAUAUGCUAAAAUAUUAUCCGCACUAAAUAAAAACUGCCAAUUCCCCCAAAAAUUUACAGUGCUUUUCGGAACGGUUCAACUACUCAAAAAACAUGCUCCAAGAAUGACGGAGACUGAAAAAUUAGGAUACCUGGAAUUGCUGUUGGUCUUAUCAAAUAAAUUCGUCUCUGAAAAAGAUGUGAUAGGAUUAUUCGAUUGGAAAGACUUAUCAGUAAUUAAUCUUGAAGUGAUGGUUUGGUUGACUAAAGGGCUGAUAAUGCAAAACUCAUUAGAGUCAUCAGAAAUUGCAAAAAAGUUUAUUGAUUUACUGUCUAAUGAAGAGAUUGGCUCACUUGUAUCGAAGCUAUUCGAAGUUUUUGUCAUGGAUAUCAGUUCUUUGAAGAAAUUUAAAGGUAUCAGUUGGAAUAAUAACGUUAAAAUCUUGUACAAACAAAAAUUCUUCGGUGACAUUUUUCAAACACUAGUCAGCAACUAUAAAAAUACCGUGGACAUGACCAUUAAAUGCAAUUAUUUAACUGCAUUAUCCUUAGUGUUGAAGCAUACUCCAAGCCAAUCGGUUGGUCCUUUUAUCAACGAUUUAUUCCCGCUUUUAUUGCAGGCUUUGGAUAUGCCUGAUCCUGAAGUAAGGGUAUCCGCUUUAGAAACUCUGAAGGACACUACGGAUAAACAUCACACUUUAAUUACUGAACACGUAAGCACAAUAGUUCCAUUAUUACUAUCUCUUUCGCUUCCGCACAAAUAUAAUAGUGUCAGUGUCAGGUUAAUAGCCUUACAGCUUCUAGAAAUGAUUACGACUGUAGUACCUCUAAACUAUUGUUUGAGCUAUCAGGACGAUGUUCUAAGCGCUUUAAUACCAGUUUUAUCUGACAAAAAAAGAAUAAUAAGAAAGCAAUGCGUUGACACAAGACAGGUUUAUUAUGAAUUAGGCCAAAUCCCGUUCGAGUAA